AUGGAACGGACUGGGGGCCGCGGUGGUCGAGGCGGCAGAGGUGGUUUUGACGGCGAGCCCGGUGGAAGUGGAAGUAUUUACCGCGGCGGCCAUGGUGGUCGAAGCGGUGGCGGUGGUUUGGACAGCGAGCCCGGUGCCAGCGGCAGUAUUUACGGCGGCGGCAGUGGCGGCCGUGGUGGUCGAAGUGGCGGCGAUGGUUUAGACGGCGAGCCCGGUGAAAGCGGCAGAUUUUACAGUGGUGGAAGUGGCGGCCAUGGUGGUCGAAGAGGCAGCGGUGGUUUAAACGGCGAGCCCUGUGGAAGCGGCAGUUUUAACGGCUGCAGCAGAGGCGUCGUGGUGGUCGAAGAGGCAGCGGUGGUUUAG